CAAACUCAGUUUGGUAUUUUGAUUUUGACUUGAAAGCGAAAUUCUGGAUUCUGCUGAGUAUUCCUACCCAUGGCCGCGAAGGAAAGCCAGCCCCUUUGAGCACAUUUCAGAAUUGGGGUCGAGCUCCUCACCCCCACCCCCAAAAGGAUAAGCUUGGUUUUUGCGUGAGAGAAGGAAGGAAACCCACCCAGGAAACCCUAAAUAAAACUUGAUCGAUUCAAAUGUUUGUGGGCUGAAAAACUUCACAGUUCAGGCCCUGUGAAGGAAGCAUGAAAUGCUCUGCCUUCCCCUCUUUCUAAUCUUGCUCACUUCUCUUUCAGGUGGGAGGAGGAGCUGGCCAAGCGGAUGCGGUUGGAGUCGGUGGUAGAGACGCUGCAAGAGGAAGCCCAAGAAGCCGAGGCUCUCCAGGAGGAGUUAAACGAGAAGAUCGAGAGGCUCAAGGCCGAACUGGUGGUCUUCAAGGGUCUGAUGAGUGACCCUAUGACAGACCUGGACUCAAAGAUCCAAGAGAAAGCCAUGAAAGUAGACAUGGACAUCUGCCGGCGAAUCGAUAUCACAGCCAAGCUGUGCGAUGUGGCACAGCAGCGCAACUCGGAAGACGUUUCCAAGAUAUUCCAGGUGGCCUCCAAGAAGAAAGAGCGCAGGCUCACGUCAGAAGAAGACGUGCCCGAGCAGGACACAGACAAUGCCCGCUUCUCGGAGGAGGAAGUCAGCUGCUCUCUGAACAUCACCGAUGAAAUGAAGAGGAUGUUCAAUCAGUUGCGCGAGACCUUUGAUUUUGAUGACGACUGUGACAGCCUGACUUGGGAAGAAAACGAAGACACUUUGCUCCUGUGGGAGGACUUCACCAACUGCAACCCCACCGUCGAACUCCAAGGAGAGCAAGAGGAGAACCUGGGCAACUUGAUCCACGAAACAGAGUCUUUCUUCAAAACCAGAGACAAAGAAUAUCAGGAAACGAUAGGACAGAUUGAGCUGGAACUGGCCACAGCCAAGAGCGACAUGAACCGCCACCUCCACGAGUACAUGGAGAUGUGUAGCAUGAAGCGGGGCCUGGAUGUGCAGAUGGAGACCUGCCGGCGACUGAUCAAGGGCUCUGCUGAAAGGAAUUCCCCGUCUCCCAGCUCCCUCGCCAGCAGCGACUCAGGGAACACGGAUGAGAUUCAGGAUGACUUUGACAGAGAAGCAGACGUUGAGCCGAUGGUCAGCUGAUGAACGCCGGAGUGUCGGGGCCAAGGGGGUGGGGGGAGAACAGAAAAUUAAACCUGGACAAAAGUUGAAAACGGGCAGCAUGAGGGAUCCAGGACUCCAGCGUCCUCGGCCGGCGUUCCCAGAGGCUCGGUCUCCCGCGCCUCCCGCGUCAUCUCAGGAUUGGUGCUGUAAACUUUUGUACUGUUCCGUCAACGACAAAUGUGACAAACCGAAAAACUGCAUUCUACCCGUGCCUUUGCCCAGGCUGAGCCCUCCGAGCUCCCCCGGCCCGCCCACCUGCUUCUGAUGGAAGGCAAGCUCGCAGGGGCGGGCGCCUCUGCCGCGAGGGGGGGACC